UAUUUUUGCUGCCAACAGGUAUGUUCAAGUGUGGUGUGUGUGUUUUCGUCGCAUGUAUGUCGGGCGCGAGCCUGUGCCGUUCGUUACACGGUUGACUCACCAGUCUACGUCACACAAACAUUCAGCAGGAAUACAUUGUCCUGCUGUACAGCAGUACUUUACAGCAGUACUUCACAGCAGUACUUUACAGCAGAUGAGCAGGCUUGCAUGUGCGAUGUCUCUCUGUGCAAUGUCCAAGUUGCGCGCACUUUCAAGAUCGGCCACGACAAGGUCAGACGCAUCAACAACCACUGGUGGGAUCGCCGCCAGUUGUACGAGACCACCGCCGUGGGAAGAGGCAAGACGGCAAAGAAGGAUGAUCGGCGACGCCGCCUCACCAAAGCACAAGAAGAUCAACUUCGCGACUUCAUCAACGACGAGCACAAGGCCGGUCAAGUUUUUCGCCGCACGGUGGUAGAAUGGAUGCACAGGACUUGCAACAUGGAGCAGCCGUCCAACCGUUCGGUAGGAGGGCUGCUGAGUAGGCUCGGCUUCAAGCGUCGUAGAGGCAGGAUCAAAACGCCACCGUUAAACGCCGAAAGACUUGCUCGCAUUCGUCGGUUUCUUGUUGAAAUGGACAUGGCAAAGAGGGCAGAGGAUGCUGGGCUCAUGGUUCCCCCUAUUCAUACUUCCUUCGGACGAGGAUGGAGUUGUGCAGGAUGGGAUUGGUCGCACAACGGGGAAGGGCUUGCGCAUGAUCAUGGUGCAUGCAAUCACGAAGUGGGGGCCGCUAAGUUGGCAAAGGGCGAUUACCACUCAGCAAUGACCGACUCGAUGUUCAUGGAGUGGCUUGAACACCGCCUUAACCCUGCGGAGGGCGGUGUAAGCAGAGCGGGGGUAGCAACGGCCACUCGGGAAUAUAUCCACCUCAAUCACCCUGAAAGGCUCGAGGGACGGGUGGUGACGUUCAUGAGGAAAAAGGGAUGGGCGUUGAUUUGGACGCCGCCCUACAUGCCGUCCUUUCAACCGAUCGAGCUUUUUUGGCAGCAUGGUAAGCAGUACGCCAGCCUUAACUUUGAGUUGAAGCGAAAGUUGCCGGAGUGCCAGGAAGGGGGGUGGAAGGCAGCCAAUUGUUCGACGCUGGUUGACCACGCCAUUGGAGAGAUGAAUAAGUGGGUCAAGGACCGUGAUGGAGUGCUUUCUGGUACGAUAGGCAGCCUCAUAAAGCCGGACGGGUACGAUACAGAUGAUGUGUCGCCCGUGGGUGAAUCACCCCUUGAUGUCGAGGAAGGGGUAGGGGAGCAGAUCCAGCAGGAAAGUGCAGAGUGGGGUGAUGGCAGCGACGAGGUUGAACCAUGAUGAGGUUUUUUUCAGCCUUGU